GAAGCUGGAAGGAUAAAAGAUUGUUGGGACAACCAGGAAGCACCCGCACUCUCCACGUGUAGCAAUGCCAAUAUCUUUCGAAGGAUAAAUGCCAUAUUGGAUAAUUCUCUGGAUUUCAGUAGAGUCUGCACUACACCCAUAAACCGAGGAAUUCAUGAUCAUUUGCCAGACUUCCAGGACUCAGAAGAAACAGUUACGAGCAGGAUGCUUUUCCCCACCUCUGCGCAAGAUUCUUCCCGGGGCCUCCCAGAUGCAAAUGACUUGUGCCUUGGCCUGCAGUCCCUCAGUCUCACAGGCUGGGACCGACCCUGGAGCACCCAGGACUCCGAUUCCUCAGCCCAGAGCAGCACACACUCGGUACUGAGCAUGCUCCACAACCCACUGGGCAAUGUCCUGGGGAAACCCCCCUUGAGCUUCCUGCCUCUAGACCCCCUUGGAUCUGACUUGGUGGACAAGUUUCCAGCACCCUCAGUUAGAGGAUCCCGCCUAGACACCCGGCCCAUCUUGGACUCACGUUCUAGCAGCCCCUCUGACUCAGACACCAGUGGCUUCAGUUCUGGAUCGGAUCAUCUCUCAGAUUUGAUUUCAAGCCUUCGCAUUUCCCCUCCUCUGCCCUUCCUGUCCCUGACAGGGAGUGGUGCCAGAGACCCUUUAAAGAUGGGGGUUGGGUCCCGGAUGGACCAAGAGCAAGCUGCUCUCGCUGCAGUCAGCCCCUCCCCAACCAGUGCAUCAAAGAGAUGGCCUGGAGCUUCUGUGUGGCCAUCCUGGGACCUCCUCGAAGCUCCCAAAGACCCCUUCAGCAUAGAGAGAGAGGCCAGGCUGCACCGGCAAGCUGCAGCUGUGAAUGAAGCAACCUGUACCUGGAGCGGCCAGCUUCCUCCCCGGAACUAUAAGAACCCCAUCUACUCCUGCAAAGUGUUCCUAGGAGGUGUUCCUUGGGAUAUUACGGAAGCUGGAUUGAUUAACACCUUCCGUGUGUUUGGCUCUUUGAGUGUGGAGUGGCCUGGUAAGGAUGGCAAGCACCCCCGGUGUCCUCCCAAAGGGUAUGUGUAUCUGGUCUUCGAACUAGAGAAGUCUGUCCGGGCCUUGCUUCAGGCUUGCUCUCAUGACCCGCUGAGCCCAGAUGGCCUAAGUGAAUAUUACUUCAAGAUGUCCAGCCGAAGGAUGCGCUGCAAGGAGGUGCAGGUGAUCCCCUGGGUCUUGGCUGACAGCAACUUUGUCCGGAGCCCAUCUCAGAGACUUGACCCCAGCAGGACGGUGUUUGUUGGUGCCCUGCACGGGAUGCUCAACGCCGAGGCCCUGGCAGCCAUCUUGAACGACCUAUUUGGUGGAGUGGUGUAUGCUGGGAUUGACACAGAUAAGCACAAGUAUCCCAUUGGAUCUGGUCGUGUGACUUUCAAUAACCAACGCAGUUACCUGAAAGCAGUCAGCGCUGCUUUUGUGGAGAUCAAAACCACCAAGUUCACCAAGAAGGUUCAGAUUGACCCCUACCUAGAAGAUUCUCUGUGUCAUAUCUGCAGUUCUCAGCCUGGUCCUUUCUUCUGUCGAGAUCAGCCUCAGAGCCAGCUUGGAGGAGCCGGAGGCACAGCUCGGGCCCUCUGUUCUCAGCUGCCCCUGUUGUGCCUGGGCCCUGCUGCCGGGCCGAUCCUUCGGAAGAUAACCCAGCACGCUGAAGCAACCCUUCUGCGAGGUGUGCAGGAAUUCACUGUUGGAGUGGGUGGCGGGAGUCCCUGGGCCAAGAAUGUGAGGCCUGGCUGGCAGCAGCCUCCCAUGAAGUUUGCCCUUGCUGAGUCUGGACUGGCCAAGGUGACCAGGAAGGGAGUUGAAGGCGGGGGCCCAGCCUGA